CAGGACAACAACCAGUCUUGAUCAAACAAGCCAGCAUGAAUCUCAAAGUGCUGAGGACGCCGUCCCAAAGCCACGACUGGAGAUAGCGACCUAGUUCACUCUACCGGUAUGACGCAUAUAAACGGACUUUCCGACCAUGACGCUUCACCGCUCGUCUCGAGUACGAGCGAUGGGAAUUUUUCUACACAAGUCGAUCCAGUAGAUGAAAUGCAAAAUGGAGCGGAUGCCAAUGGCAGAGUGCCCUUGGUCUCAAGUCUUUCGGCCCCAACUCUUCGAUACUAUUCGGAUUCUUCGAGUACCAGUGGCUCCUCUCAUCUGCCGACCGUCUCAGAAGAUGGUCCAGUCUUCGGAGAUACGUCACCAUCAGCCGUUGCCUCUGGACGUGCAACAGCCGGCAAGUCAGGCAGAGUGAUUGAAAAGCUUAUGGCCGAUAAUGAUCGUCUCAAACGAGAAUUGAAUUUGGAGACAUCACGCCGCGAGGAGGAACAGCGCCGGGGCGAAGCUGUACGGAUGCGCGCCGAUCAAUUGCAAGAGAGUGUAAACACUAUGAAGGCUCUAGAGGAACGACAUCGGAUCUCCAUUUCGAGAAAAGAUCGCAAAAUCGAAGAAUUAAAGGCCGAUCUUACCGUCGAGAAGGCUCGUCGCCUGAAGGCGGAGCACGCCGCGGGUAUCAUGACGACCGAGCGAGAUGAUGCGAUUUCAUCCUCUAAAAGGGCGGUGCAACAAGAGCAAGAGAAGGCACGUUUCGCAGAAAGCCAAUAUAAUGUUCUCGCUACCAGCUGGAAGCAUUUGGAGGGCGAUUUCGAAGCAAAGAUUGAAAAACUCAGGUGGGAUGCUGCUCGUAUUGACCAUGAGGCAAAACGAGCCCGAGCGAAGAUGGAUCGUCUUGAGCGUGUUGUCGCGGAGCAGCGCAAGGUAUCGACUGGGUUGAUCAACGAGCGGCCGAAGAUUAUGAAAAAGGCCCAAGAAUACGGCGAGACCAACGAACUUUUUCUGCGUGAGCUCAAAGAACAAGCCAACCGCAAUGACGUGGCCAUGGAGCAAGUCCUCAAGGAGAGCGAGACCGUGUUUCAGCAGAUUGGUUUCAUUCGCAAUCUUUCUCUGAAGCCCAACGACGGCCAUCACUGAGCUUGCCACGCGAUGGAGAUUCUAUGCAGUGAGCGACUGAUGCCAUCGAUCUUCUCGGCCAUGAACUCUACGACCAGCGGGGCAAAUUUCUACGGCUUGCGUCGAGGAAAUUCGGCUUCAGACUGCCUGCGGAAUCUCUGCGGCAUUCAAGCCCCAUCUAGGAAUUUCAAGUUUUUGCAUAAUACGGCGUUCAGGAGGGCCAUUUGGCGGUGGACGGUCUUCUUUUUUCUCCCCUCUUUAAUGAUAAUCGAUGUCCUCACAUCCGUCUACAUUGACAUUACCCUCC